AUCAAAACAAGGCAAAGCAUAAGUAUUAUCGAACCCAUUAAACUCUUCUUCUCCUCCUCCAUAGUCCAUACUACAAAACGGUCCACACCCUUUGUUUCAAACUCCAAACAAUGUCUGCUCUUUCGAAUUCGCUGCCUCUCACUACAAAUCCUUCUGGAUCUUCUCUGAAGCAAUCCCAACAAUGUCUUGGGUUUAUGGCCCCUACAAACUUGUCACUCAAUUCAAACCGUAAAGUUCAACUUUCGAGCUCCAAGAGGUCUUUCGCGGUUCAAGCCUCAUACAGUGAUGGUGGGAGGUCAAACAGUGGAAGCAUCUUUAUCAGUGGCUUUGUUUUGGGAGGACUUAUAGUUGGCACACUGGGUUGUGUAUAUGCUCCUCAGAUCAGUAAAACACUUGCCGGAGCUGACCGAAAGGAACUAAUGAGAAAGCUUCCCAAUUUCUUGUAUGAUGAAGAAAAAGAAGUGGAGAAAACACGAAAAGUACUGGCUGAGAAGAUUGCACAGCUGAACUCUGCUAUUGAUGGUGUCUCUGGUCAGCUCCGAACCAAAGAGGACCCAGAUGAAGUACCUGUGAGUGCAGAUGAUGUUGAAGCUACCAUAUGAGAUCACUCUGAUAGAUGUAAUUCAGUGUAGCCUUUUUUCUCCUUAAUAAUAAGGGUAGUUGACUAGUUGUCUUCUUUUGAUGUGAGGACCCUUACUAUGGUCAAUGUAGUUGUACCUCUAAUACUUGGACAGCGUGGAAUACAGUAUUUCUUUCAUCUA